GCUUUCCUGAGAGCAGAAGAAGAGUGAGUUUCAGACAUCAACACAGACUGACGCCACACAGCACAGGCUAAUCGUCGAAUAUUAAAAAAACAUUUAACUUGACAUGUUCACAACAACAGUUCUACAAAGCCCAGCGAGGAGUGGUGAAGAUCAACCGCGCGGCAACCUGUUAGCAUAACUUCUCUGUAAGCCAGACGGAGUGUGACGUCAGACUGCUAGCUGGGGUUAGCCGACGUUAGCUAGCGCUAGCCGACCUGUCGGUACGGUGCCGAGCCGCAGCAUGUCGGUGCACUUCGAGGAGCGGAGCGGCGUUGUCCCCUGCAAGACCCCCUGGGGCUCCUGGUACCAGACCAUGGAGGAGGUUUUUAUUGAAGUCAAUGUGCCUAAUGGGACGUCCGGUAAGGAGGUCAAGUGUCAUUUGGGAUCGAGGGACAUCGAACUGCACGUCAAAGGGAAGGAAAUGUUCAAGGGAAAGUUGUUUGACACAACCAUGUCCGACGAGGCCACAUGGACACUAGAGGACAAGUGUCUCAUUCGGAUCAUUCUGAUGAAGACCAACAGAGAGGCAGGGAACUGCUGGUCCUCCCUCCUGGAGGGGGAGUACUGUGCGAAUGCCUGGGUCCAGGACCAGAUGCAGAGGAAGCUCACACUGGAGAGGUUCCAGCGGGAGGUUCGUUUAACUAAGUGCCAUCUGAGGGGUCGUGGUGUACUUCGCCAAGAGAUUAUUACAAGUUCUCAGAGGCACACAUGAGGGAAAGCUCGCUUAAAUCAAUGGAAUCCUGGAUUUGACUUCAGCGGUGCAGAGAUAUCUGGGAAUUUUGCUGGCGGUGGUCCAGACUUUUCCAGUUUACAGAAGUGAGCAGUCUGGUGAUGCCCAACACCUGCAACCUGCUGGAUAUGUCACCUUGGUCUAACAGACCUCAAAGCGCCAUGAUGAGAAGUCACAACUUUGCCUUCAGAACUGCCGAUAAUGAGCGGCAGACGGUGUAACCAGACUUUAUCGAACCGUUAAAGACGACAGAAGAUUUCAUCGGGCCAAUUCGAGCCCAGUUUGGCAAGUUACAAUGUUCAUUACACAGGCUGAGCAAUGGUUGAUGGAAGAAGCUUGUGUGUGACUCGGUCGUUUUAAAUGAGAAGAAUGCAAAAGCAAUAGCUUUUCAAUAAAGUUUUAUUGAAAGGUACAAGAACAUAGAUUAACGAGAUGGUGUAUUCAAUCAGCCGAUUUAAAUUUGGAAACACAUUUUAUGUCACUAAAAGAAACUUCUGCUAAACAGGGAAUCUGACCAAAAAAAAUGCAACAAAUUGCAAUCCACAUGUCCACUGCAACAAGCUUUUUUUU